GUAAUGACGCAGGGGGCGUGGCCAUGUACGGCGCGCACGUUUCUAAGCGCGAUCACAUCGCCGAGCCGUGCUGUGUGCUGAGAGCCGCUGAGGAGCUCCGAGCUGUGCUGUUUCUGUGGAUUUUAAUAAGCCAAAGUCGUUAUGGGUAAGAAACAGACCAGCAAAUCCAAAAAGGAGGUGGAAGAACCAGAAGAAUUUGUGGUGGAGAAGGUGAUUGACCAGAGGGUUGUGAACGGAAAAGUCGAGUUUUUCCUCAAGUGGAAAGGCUUCCCCGAUACUGACAACACUUGGGAGCCAGAAGAAAACCUUGAUUGCCCUGAGUUAAUCGCUGCCUUCCUGGAGUCACAGAAAGGUGUGGUUGAGAAGCCUGACUCCAACAAGAGGAAGUCCUCAACAGACGAGCCGGAGACGGAGGAAAGCAGGGCGAAGAGGAAGAAGGAGAUGAGUGAAAAACCGAGGGGGUUUGCCAGGAACUUGGAACCCGAGCGGAUCAUAGGAGCAACAGAUAGCAGCGGAGAACUGAUGUUUCUGAUGAAAUGGAAGGAUUCAGAUGAGGCAGACCUGGUGCCAGCACGAGAGGCCAACACCCGCUGUCCGCAGGUGGUUAUUGCUUUCUAUGAGGAGAGGCUAACCUGGCACUCGUGCCCAGAGGAUGAACAGCACUAGUCUUCUACACGGCAUCUAAGUCCUGUGCCAACCCUGAUGCUCUCGGGCUACACCACCGGUUACAGCUUGUGGCCAAAAUACAUUUCCAUGUUUUGGACAGCAUGACCGCCUUUUACCGUCUGACAGGUUGAGGGGACGGGGGUGUGAUUUUAAGACAAAAAUAAAAAACGAUUUGUUCUGUUAGGCUGCUGUGCAACUGUUUUUGUUUAAUGCGUUUUUGUCUAAAGACGUCCGUUUGCCAUGUGUCACUAUCCACUGGCCAUUUAUGGUUUUAUCACAUUGGGUUGAUGCUUGGCCUGAUUUUGAAUAGUUCUGCUGUAUAUUUUCUGUAAAUAUUUUUUCAAAAAAAACCAGAAAAGGUCUGAUUAAAGUUAUGUGCCUUUUUUUUUAAACUGCUGUUGUCCCAGUGUGCUUUUUAUCUGUGAUUGAAUCACUCGAAAUCAAUCGGUUGUUGCAUCAAUAGGUACAGUGUAUGGUUUUAAGUAAAUAACCCCCACCCCCUCUCUUCCAUUCUGACCGUGUUUAUUCUGUAGGGUUGCUGCUUAAGCGUUGUCCCUUCAGGUUUGAACGAUGUACUGAACAGUUUUUAACCCAGUUUCCAUACAGAAAUUAUGAUCAUUAUAUCCUGCGUAUUAGAAUUGUCCCAAUGCUUCAGAUGUAGGCUGGACAUGGUGUCCUAUAUUUGGAUGAGCAUAUGGAUAAGAGGAGACGUCAAACAUCAGUUAAUGAUGAUGCACAAUCAGCUUUCAGUGUAACGAUUCCACACACUUCCUACAAAUGCAACAUGUCCCUGUCAAUGCUGUUGGUUUCCACUCCUAUGUUUGUGUUAUAUUUAUGUUUAAAAUUAUUACAUUAAAAGCUUAGUAUGUAUUA